AUGGCCUCUACCCUGCAGAAGUUCAUUCAUUCUCUGGACCUCAGAGCCCUUCCCAGGGUCCUCCAAAUCCAGUCAGGCAUCUAUUGUCAAGACUCCAUCUAUGAGAUGUUUGGAAAUGAAUUCUCCCUCUCAACAGAAGAAGUCAUUAAAGUUAUUGGCUUCAAAAUUAAUAAACUCAUAGCAAGUAUCUGUGAGAAUAAUGAAGUCAGCCAGUUUUCAGCCAAAGUGGAAUUACCACUAAAUUUUCCUGGUCUUUAUAAGGUUGUGGCAGAUAAGACUCCAUAUGUCAGCAUUGAAGAAAUUGCAAAAAAAGUCUCUAUUGGGCCAACAAGGUUUGGCCAUCCUUCUUUCUACAGUGCCAAGGAUAUAAAAUUGGAAAAUUUCACUAUCAAGCAUGAUGAGCAGAUCACCUUCAACUCAGUGGAAGACGUCCACGGAAUAAUGGCUGUGAACUGUGUCGUGGUCAGAAAUAACCACUCUCAUUCCUUUACUUUGCCCCUUUCACAAGAAGGAGAAUUCUAUGAGUGUGAAGAUGACCAGAUGUACACCUUAAAAGAGAUUGCAGAGUGGAAAAUCCCUAAGGGUAGAAACCGGAUUGUUAAACUUUCCACUACUUUACAUAUGUGGGACUCCUCUAGUCCACUUCCUCAGAACUUUGAUGGCUGUUUGAUUCUCAUGCCUGUCUACGAAGUGCAGGCAGUAAUGAAAUUUCGAAAGGAUAUAAUUCAUAUCCUCUCAGAUCUGGAUGUUGAGGUCAAGGAUGUAACAGACCAUUAUGAUAUUAGCUCUUUCCUUCAGCCACUUUCUUUGGAAGAUAUAUUUGAGAGAACAAGCAAAGAAUUUCCUAUGGUUGCUCAGAUAAUGGAAGGGCCUUCGGGAAACCAAAAACCUUAUAACUUAUUGUCUACAGGGAAAGAGAUUGUCAUCUACAAAAAGUACCAGGCAGCAAGAGUCCUAGCCUCUGAGAUGAGAAGUGAUUCCUCCAAAAGACAUUAUUUAAUCCCUAUGAGCUACAAAGGAAAGUUCAAGAGAAGACCUCGGGAGUUUCCAACUGCCUAUGACUUAGAGAUAGUGAGAAAUGAAAAAGAACACCUUCAUGUUGUAGCAACUAAAGCCUUUACUUCCCCUCAUAAAGAGCUUUGUUCUGUUUCAGUUGGAGAUCAAUUUCUAGUUCAGCAAUGCCAGACUAGUGAAGUUCUAUAUGAGGGAGGAAAGAAACUCAUAGAUGUUUUAGCUUGUGAGCAAAUACUAAGUGACUCAUAUAAAAAAGUGCUCCUCCCUAUGUACAUGGAAGGUGGCUUUGUGGAAGUGGUUCACGACAAGAAACAGUAUCACCUCUCCGAGAUUUGCAAAGAAUUCCAUUUGCCUUUUAAUGUCAAAGUGUCCGUCAGGGACCUUUCCAUUGAGAAGGAUGUCUUGGCUGCUGCUCCUGGUCUGCAGUUUGAAGAAGAAAUCACAGACUCUUACUUGCUGAUCAGUAGUGCCAGCAGUCCAGAGGAGAGCUGGGAGAUCCCUGUGUACCGCUUACACAUGUUGGUCCAUUUGCUCAACAAAAACGUCCAGACAGUUGCACCGCCUGUGACGAGGACAACAGUGGAAGAGGUCAGCGAAGAGGAAUAUUAUAUGUUGAGAAGAUAUGAAAACCUAACCCUCCAUCCACCACCCAGGCCUCCCAAAAAGCCAACAACAGCACCACCACCUACUUUUGCAGUGCCUAAGCAAGAUGUGUCUGAUGUACUGCAGGCUCCAAAGAAUUUCUACGUAGACACCACCAGGAAAUUGUGCUCAGAUCAAGAUGCUGCUGUUUUGGAAUUGCAAGUUAGUUGUCAAAAUGAUUUGGUACAUUGUGAGAAUAAGGACGUGACUGGGAAAGCUACACUAGUGGAAACCACUGUGGCUAAAGGCCUAGCAAGAAAUUAUGAGGAAGAAGAGGAUGAGGACGAAGAGCAUGACUACAGCUAUAUUGAUGAAAACAUAAUUGAAAACAUAAGAAAAGUAUUUCAUGGCACCAGCAUUAGAAAUGAGCACACAGUCUCCAAAGGAAGAAGGUGA